AGCCAUCAUACCCAUCCCAUCCCGUCUUAUCCCAUCCCACCGGCCUGGUCUCCGUCCCAGGUCGCCCCGAACGCCUGGCCCCACGGCCUCCGAGCUCACCCAGCGCCAAUGCUGCACUCCCGAUCAUCCCCGUCGUCCGUGUCGUCGUUGUCGUCGCAUUCCACAGCGUCGGCCGCCCUGGCCGAUGCUCCAGCCGCCGACUCGCCGCGCAUGGCCUCGCUGCCCUCUCCGGCCGACUCCUCCGAGGCCAGCGAUCCUCUGCUGCCGUCGGACAACCCUCUUCUGAACAGACUGAGGUCGCAGUCGCACCAUCAUCGCGGGUAUCGGCGGCUGCUUUCGUCCCAAAUCACCCGCCUGGAGUCCCAACUGCGAAGGAUUGAUGUCCAGCACCGGAGAGAGUCCCGCAAACGAAGGGCAGAGGCCAAGGCCGCCGCCAAAGCAAAAGCCGCUGCAUCCUCUGGCCGUUCAAGUCAGCCGCCCCAGCGAGACGCCGCCUACAUCUCCCUGUCGGCGUCAUGGCCCAUAUGGCUCCCCGGCAGCUCACCGUACAUCCUGGACCUCAAGAGCGAGUCGUUGCUGAUAGACUGCUUUUUUGAUUAUACGACACAUCGGUACAUGCCAUGCGGGCUCACCAAGAGGCGUCCUGUCGCGGACCUCCUCGCCCGGUUACCGGACCAUCUCGUCGCCAUCAUGAUUGCCUUUGGCAUGUGGCAUAGCGAGCACGCCUAUAUCUGGACGGCCAAGCCUGCCUUGGAUUCGGCAACAGCCCUCUCGGUCAACUAUCGGACGCACUAUUAUCAAAAGGCCCGCUCGCUCGUUUCCUUUGAGCUCGACCAUCCCAGCAUUGCAGCUCUACAGACCCUCGUCCUUCUGGCGCACUAUACAAACCUGUCGGAAAGUGGUGAGUUCCACCCUGUCUGGCUCAUCGAUUGAGCGCUCGCUGCCAAACUGGAUUGUUUCUGACUGUC